AUGAAAACACACAGGAAUAUAUCGGAAGUCAGACAUGAACUAAAGAAAACCCAGCCAGACUUUUCAUCCCUCAGAAAGUUGGGUGAUGACCAACACAACAGGGAUGUUGUUAAUCAGAAAAAGGGAGAGCUGAUUAUUGCACGAAAAUCUAAUGAGAAAACAUUGGACAUCACCAAGUAUGGGCCAUGUGUGAAUUGUAGAGAAUGGAUGCUUUUAUCGGGAUUGAAGAAGCAUUUCAGAACAUGUGCAAAGGGAGAGAAAAGAGGGAUGGGAAAGAAAGAUCUUGUGAUCACCGCUCAAAUAUUAGCUGGUCAUGUUGUAGGAAAACCGUCCAAAAUGAUGUUGGAGGAAGUUUAUAGAAUCAUGAAGGACGAUGAAUGCUCUAGGACUGCCAAAAAUGACGUUCUCAUUCUAAGUCUUGGGGAAAGUUGGCUGCGUCGAAACAUAGACAACAAUGAAAAGAGAAAGUACUACGCCAGCGGACGUAUGAGGCUUUGUGCCAGAUUGCUGAUUGCCCUUAAAGCUCAACAACUGCAAACUAAAUCAGAGGAGAAUGAAGUCACUUGUGAGACUAUGUGGGACUUCCUAAUGCCUUCAAAGUUUGAUGACUUUGUAACUGCUUCUCUAGCUGUUAGUAUGCCGCAUAUGGAUGAUAUGGAGGAUUUGAGAGCGCCUUCAAAUGCAAUCAAGCUCAAAUAUGACAUUAGAAGACUUCUAAAUGCAAAGUAUGCAUAUCUGCUGAGGGCAAGUGAUGUGGUUUCCAAUGAAAUAAAACAAUGUAAACGCUUCCUGAAAUUAAUGGAAAUUGAAUGGGGUGAAAGGGUUACAAAAGUAGCAAGAACAGUUCUGCAGACAAGAAGACUGACAGAAACAAAGGAGGUACCAGCCCCUGAUGAUGUGGAAAAAUUAACAAGACAUCUUGUAAAUGAACUUGAGAACACGAAAAUGACCCCAGAGAAUUAUGCGAGAAUAGUCCAACUCUGCCAGACCAGACUUCUGUUGUUUAACAAGCGGCGCUCUGGAGAACUAGAGGUCUUGAACCUCCAAAGCUACCUACAGAGAAGCAGCAGUCUAAGCGACUUGGAUGAGUCCAUCUCAAAAGACCUUACGGAAGUUGAGAAACACCUUCUCAAAACCCAAGAUCUUGUGAUGAUUAGAGGAAAGCGGGGGGCAGCCGUGCCAGUCAUAGUACCACAGGAUGCCAAUAAACCACUGGAAUUUAUCACAAAUGCGGAAGUUAGAGAGGCUGCAGGGGUGCAGAGAUGCAACAAAUACCUGUUUGCAAACAGAGGUACCCAGUAUGUGCGUGCAUACGACAGCCUUAAAAGUGUAUGUGAUGAAGUAACAUUGAAGGCACCUGCCAGAAUAACUAGUGUUUCGAUGAGGAAAUACAUGGCAACACUAACACAACUCAUGGGUCUAGAUAAGUACCAGUUGGAUUGGGUAUGCAAGCACCUAGGCCAUACAAAGUCAGUCCACAACACAGCAUACAGACAGAUGUCUGGCAUGGUAGAAAGGGUCUACAUCUCAAAGCUUCUGAUGAUACAGGAUCUGAAUUUAACAGGAAAGUUUAAAGGAAAAAACUUGGAGGACAUUGAUGUAUCCGAACUGCUAGCUGAGCAUCAAAGUAUGAACCAAGAGCCUGAUGCAGUCGCAGAGUCAGAUGCAGUGAACUGUAAUGACAUCGCAACACCUAUAGAAUACAACAGUGGAAGUGAUGUUGAAACAGGGGAAAACGAAUUGUCUUCAGAUGACAGUGAAGAUGACACCCCGCCUAAGAAGAGAAGGCGUGUGGUCAAAACCAACACAAGACAAAAAUGGAGUGUAGACGAAGUUGCUGAAAUAAAGGAGUAUUUUAAGACUUAUUUGGAUUCUGGCAUAACACCUAGAAACAAAGAAGUACAGUUGGCCAUGGCAAAAAGCAGGAAGAACAACGGCAUUCUUUGGAUGAGAAAAACACAUCUCAUUAUUAAGAAGAUCAGCAACUUGAACAAAGACAAACGAUAAAUGUCUGUUAUCCAUUGUUUCCAUUCAUAGGGUAUCAACAUUUACUGUGAUUUUAUGCCCA